GUCUCUAUUACAUCGUCGCGCGCGGCAGACGAAAAAAAUUUAAAUUUUGACGCGGAUUCGAAUUUGGAAUAGCGGCAAUAUUUAUUGUCUGUGCUGUGUCGAAUGCAGUGAAAGGGUGUAGUGAAAACGUUGAAAUAUCAGUAAAAAACACAAACGAUAUGUGUAAUCAUAAUAAAAAAAUAAAAUCAGUAUGCAACCGAUGAAGGAAUCUCUAUGGAUAUCAAUAAUAAAACAUAGAGAUGCUAGAGUAUGUCCCAAAAAUAACACUGGAAAAAGAAGAAAAAAAUUCAAAAUUCGAAGACCAUCAUGGCGGACGAAAUGGCGCGAAUUCGGCGUGGUGUUGCCGUUGUUGAUUUUGAAUGUUGGACAAGCGAAUGCUGUAGAAAGUCUAACCUCCCGUGUGCUCGCAUCUUUCCUCGGCUACCCUACAUCGUGCACUCUGGGCGAUGACGUCAUACCAUGUACUCUGUCUAUAUCCUGCUGGCUCCGAGGUGGGACAAAGACGAAGGGCUGCGGCGAGGGUUGGCUGUUCUCUUGCUGUGUGAACGAACAGAACGAUUUGGAUAAUAGUAUACCAUCAUCAGAUUGGCGAUAUAAAGUACCGCCAAAGCUGAGGGUAGUUCCACAGAGAAAAGUUAUUCCGCCCAAUGUCUUCCGACGAAGGGUUGACGAAGAUGUUAAUCAGAUCGACUGUGGUCUUCCGUCAACCAGGGUACUUCAGAAGCGAAUCAUCGGGGGUCGUGAGGCGAGGUUUGCUGAGUUCCCGUGGCAGGCGCACGUCAGGAUAUCUGAGUAUCAAUGCGGUGGUGUGCUUUUAUCCCGCUGGUACGUGGCGACGGCGGCGCACUGCGUGUCGCGCGCGCGGCUGCGCGACGUGGCCGUGUGGCUCGGCGCGCUCGACACCAGCGCGGGCUCGCACACUGCCAGGAGAUUGGGGGUGGUUCAGAAAAUCCUGCACCCCUUAUUCCAAUUUCGUACUACCCAGCCAGACCGAUACGAUAUAGCUUUGUUAAAGCUUUCCCGACCCAUCAUAUACACUAGUAACAUCCUGCCGAUUUGCUUGCCCGAAAUGGACUUGCAGUUGGGGGGCAAGUCUGGGGUGAUCGCUGGUUGGGGCAAGACGGACGCGAGCUUGGGGCACACGGGGACUAAUUUGUUGAGGUCUGCUACUGUACCUAUAUUGAGUACAGAGCAAUGCAUAAAAUGGCAUCAGAGCAAACAGAUAUCCGUCGAGAUUCAUUCUGAAAUGAUCUGCGCGGGACAUUCGGACGGACACCAGGAUGCCUGUCUAGGCGAUUCAGGCGGUCCCCUAAUAGUUAAGGACAACGGCCGUUUCUACCUCGCCGGCAUCACGUCCGCCGGCUUCGGCUGCGGCGUGGACCACCAGCCUGGUAUCUACCACAAUGUGCUCACUACCGCCAGCUGGAUACGCGAUAUUGUGCACCCGACGGCUAAUUAUAUUGACUUUUGAAGUGUGCGGGCUUUUCGAGAAAUUAUACAAUUAAUUGUACGGGCUUUUGGGGAUAUUGUAAAAACUCUUUCGGCUUUAAAUGGAAUAAGAGUAUAGUAUAAGAGGUUCAAAAUUGUUUUUAAUUUGUAUAAUGUAAUAAGUUCUAGAUUUCUUUAUUAAUUGCAUAUAGUUUAAUCAUUAAUGCUUUAAUGUAAAUAUUUUAAUUAUCGAUGCAUAUCCACUUCUAAAUACAACCUAAUUAAAAGUUGAUGUAAUUACGGAUUAAAUGUAAUAAUAGAUGUAAAAUAUAUUGAUAUACGAUAUUAAGAUUGCCAAUAUUUGACUUUUUGGUGGGAAAAAUGUGUACAAAUGAUUUGAUACGAUUAAUAAUUGGAAUGAAAUUAUUCAAUUUGUGACAAACUUAUAUAAACAGGCUAACAUUUUUAUUCCUUAUUUUUUAGCAUUAAUUUUAAUACGCCUUUUAUGGACAAAUGUGUAAAAUUUUCUUUUUGUAAGAAAUUGGUUCAUUUAUUGCAGCAAUAUCGUGGUUUGAACAGCUAUAAUAUAAAGCUGGCCACUAACCGCACGACUCUAGCUGAACUGUCUAUAUAUUUAACGAUAUUUUAAUGUAAACAAUGUCGUUUAAUUUUAAUCGUAUUUUAAUUAUUUAUUGCUUUUCAUUAAAAUACUUAUAUUUUAUCGAUUAUAAUGUUAUUAGAAUUAAUUAGCUUAAGACAUGUUUUAGUGAGGUUAGAAAUAAUAUAAUUUAUUUAUUUGUGAAUAUAUAAAAAAAUUAAUAUGUGAAGGAAUAAGGAUUUUUGACACAAUGUAUUGUUUGGAAAUUUAAAAUUUCUCAUAUAGAAACAUAUCAAAAAACUUAUUGAAAGAUAUUCGAAUCUCAUUCCUGUUUGCUUGCCAUUAUUUCAAUUUGAUCUCUUUUGUCAUUGUUGUGCAAUUUAUUUGGAAAUAAAUUAAAAUUGUUCUUU